AUGGAUGGUGACGAGUUGGGCUCCGAGCCCAUCCUGCCCGGCAAAGAACACACCUUUGUUUCCGGUCGUGUCCAACUGAACGAGUUGCCUUCCCAGGCCUAUUUCGAUGUCAUCAAGCGCUGGUUGGUCAACUGUCAGGCCAACCACGCAAUGUGUGACAACGAUAUUCCAGAAUUGCCAAAGCGAGUAAUAUAUGUGGCUGAAGAGGGUGAAAGUCCAUGUCUCGUAGCGGGAGAGGGACUAUACGCUCGCUAUGUGGCUCUGAGUUAUUGUUGGGGCCAUUCAAGAGAAGGGAUGACCACGACCAAGAAUCUGGAAGCACAUAUGCAUGCCAUAGAUUGGACAAAACUUCCGAAGACGUUCAAAGACGCCAUAAUCACCUGUCGUCAGCUUGGUAUCAAGUACAUAUUCAUCGACAGGUUAUGCAUUGUGCAGGAUUCGAAAAACGACUGGGACGAGCAGUCGGCGCUCAUGGGCUCGAUCUAUCACGAUAGCACCCUGACACUGGCAGCUUCAGUAUCCAAUGACUCCUCAGCCGGGCUCUUUGUUCCGUUCAGUCCAUCUGAGAACUUCACAGAAGAUGUUGUCGUACUACCACCUUCAUUCGGGGACCGCAAAGGCCGAGCUUUCCUCACUGCCCCGACCUUCAUCAAUGGAGAAAUACGCCUGGCAGUGGACAAGACGAAAUCCAACGUCUUGGACACACGAGCAUGGGUGAUGCAGGAGAGGCAUCUGUCCCAAAGGACAAUCUGUUUCCUUGAACGCGAGGCUAUUUGGUGCUGCUGCGAAACGAUACAAGAUCAAAAUGGACAGCUCAUGAGCACUUCCCUCGACACUCUGAAUGUACGGACAGGACUGAGAGCACUUGCCAGGGCUCACUUGAGGCCCUGGCUCUUUGAGGAGCCAAAAAACAGCUUCGUCUGCACUGUUAAGCAAGUGAAUGCUAUGGAUGAAGGCCCUUCUCUCGAUACGUCAAAUCCACUGCCUAUCUUGGUUCAUAUCACGAAGGGCGGAAAGACCCACCACGUCCUCGAUCUGCGCGCGCCUCGGCAUCGCACUCCUACUCCACCGACCUUAAUUCGACCAAGCGACGACCCUCCCUUCUACACAUUCCUCCUACACAUUAUGCAGACCACUAUAUAUAAUCUAUGGUACUCCGCAGUUGACGAGUACAGCAUUCGCCGGCUUACGUUCCCAUCAGACAAGCUACCAGCCAUGGCUGGUAUAGCAUCGCGAAUACAAGCCGUUACACAUGACGAAUAUCUCGCCGGCCACUGGCGCAGAGAGAUGGAGCGCUCGCUAUUUUGGUCUCCUUUGUAUCCCGAUCCAGUAGAUCUGCGUGAUCCUCCUGCGCGCGCGGCCGAAUAUCGAGCGCCUUCCUGGAGCUGGGCGAGCAUUGAUGGGCACAUCGAAUCGUUCUCCUCCAGACUAGCACCUGGCAAAGCAACUCCUCUGCCUAUCCAGAUAGUAGAAGCAAGUACGCAAGUCGACGGCACGAACCCUUUUGGAUCCGUGACCAAUGCGAGAUUCGUGAUCAGAGCUCGCUGCGUGAAAGCUUACUGGAAUGUCGAACGGAGAGAUUUCCAAAUGACAGGAUCCUUUACGACCUCGGAGCCUAACGAGAGUUUGGGCGCGUUACAGCUCUCCAACCCGAAUAGUCUUGACGGAACUCCGGCUGGGUACUGGUUCUAUGACGACCUAAAGCACGGUGUUCUCCCUGGCCCGCCUCUUAGUCUUUCGCCUUCAGAAGAAGAGUUGAAUCGCAGAUUGACAUGCCGAUUUCCGCUGUUUGCGGCCAUAUUUGACAAUUUCUAUGAAACCUUCACGAAACUUCCGGUACCUGAGAGAGUCACAUACAUUCCGGAGGAACUCACUGUCGUCAAGGGAUAUACUAUGAAAUCUGGAAAUGUACCGUACGUCGAGAUUCUGGUUUUGGCGGACGCCGAGACCGGAAACGGCCGCUUCAUUCGAGCGACACGAAGAUACCGAAACAAGAUGAGCGAUAAUCAGAUUACCAGCAUUUUCAAUCUCGUUCUCACAACAAGACUAUAUGCUUUUCCACGAGGCCCAAUCGAGGAGCAAGAAUUUCUGACCUCCGUGUUUCGUGUCCCAUUGAAACGACUGGGCUUUCCGUCUCAGCCUAUACCAUCUCAAACCGGAGUAUUUGAUACAUGGGUCGACCGGGAAAUCGAUGACGUGGAAGACGCUACCUGGACAGAUGACGAUGAUUGGAACGCGAUAUUUCUACGUGACAGCAUAGAGGAGCUUUUUGAUCAGCUUUAUGGAAAAGACAGCCCAGUGUACGCCAACUGGAAUGACCACGUCAAGCGUUCAAUGGGGAAGGCUCACACCCUGACUCUUCUGGACGCAGCUGCAAUCACUCCUCAGUCAUAUUGGUCUGAGGAUAUUAGAGCUACAGUGGAAGCAUUCACUGCACUUCUUGAAGCCUUCCACAAUGUCAAGGGAAUUGUCUGGACUGAUUACCCAUACGACGACGCUCUUGAUGGCCGCCUCGGUCGAUGCAAUGACUACGCCUUCAUCCAGCGACUUAUAUUCAACGAGUGUCGUCUUUACGGAAAGUCGCUAGAUGAAUACGAAGCCAGCAUGCGUCAAAUACGGGAGAAAUUUGGUAUACCAGAGGAAUUCGAUCUCACCGAAGAACUGCAACGGAUUGAGAUGGCCUAUAACCAGCAACACUACAGAAUCGAAGAAGCUUCUUCGGAAGCGCUACAAAUGGAAUUGCAUGCCUAUCAUAAGGAGUGUCUGGAACGCUGGAUCCACGCUGCACAAGGAGCUAGCCAUCUUUGCCCCUACUGUCGCACAGAGUUGUUCCCCAAACCGGAGUAUCGGCCCAAGGAUGAGGAACGUUUUCGUAACUACGAGCAACAGCUUGACGACUUUGAUGACCAGAUGUACUGGCUCUCUUGGAUACAGAAGUCGGCGGAGUGGUUUGAGGGUGAGCUGGCGAUGCAGAGGGGGCGCCGGCGAGCGCCGCAGUAUAUCGACGUCAUACGAGACCUGCGCAAGUUCGGGUACAGGCACAAGAAUCCCAAGGACGUAAUUUCCAUGACACCCGCGGAACUGCGGAAGCUAGAGCAACAGCACUUUCCAAGUCCAGCAAAUAUCUCUCGUCUCACCGGCAUAAGCGAUGAAGAGACUGACCAACAAGCCGAUGCCGCGCGGCGGUGGCUACUUGGUAUGCUCGACUGCCAUGACAGAACAAUGACCCGGGAACACGAAAUAAGAAUGUUUAGAUUCGCUGUGGAGAAGCAAAUGGAAGAACGAGAAAAGGACUGGACAGAUCUGGAACGACUGUACAUGGCACUCGCAAACAGCAAUCUCGCAUCGCCACAGGAGCGAUUGCAGGCAGCGUUCGUGACCGUCCUUCACUUUGACUACCCGCAACGCCGGCGAGAUGUUAGUGAGGUCGCCCAAAAACUGGACGAGCGCCUGAAACGUGCAUCCGAUAUGGACGCCGGGAUAGAUGAGACACGCGAAAGUAUACUCGCCAGGACUGACUUUACCAACGUCGACCAUUUCGCGUGCGCCAUUCCGCUUUCACUACUCGCCGUCACAGCAGACAAUACUUCUGUGGUCGAUGACAACGCCGGCUGCUGCCCGAUCUGCCAACUCUCAUACACCUCAUUCCAAGAUUCCUCUAUCCUACAACUGUUGGGUGACUAUCCAGUGCGAAUCAAGCAGUGCGGUCAUAUCAUUGGAAAGUCAUGUCUAGAGCAGUGGAUGCGAACACCGAAGAUCGAUGAAGCGAAAUACCCAUAUCGCACAUGCCCAUGCUGCCGUGUCAAGAUCGAAGGUGUCAAGUCGCCCUCAGUACCUCGCGAGCUACUCGAUCAUUUGAAGACCAAUCGGCGGGCUAUGGAAACGGUAAGAGAGUUGCUGUACGGGUACGACAUGGACCUCGAAGAGUGUCUGAGCGCCAUCAGCGCGUGUAUGAGCGAGGAGAUCGCCUGCGAGGAGCUGAUGGUUGAGCUUGGACGGAACGAGGGAGAGCAAGACGACCAGAUACUGAAGGACAAACUUGCGAAUCUGGAGAAGGAGAAACGGGCUUGGGGAUUUAGGGGAAAUGGAAUUUGGAAACAGCUACGAGAUGACUGGAUGAACAGCGGUGUUACCCGGAAGGCUUGA